CUUUUAUACAUUUUAUGAAUUAUUUUACUCCAGAUGAAAUAAAAUUUGGAAUGAUAAUUUACAUGUAUCAACAAAAAUAUAAUUUGUUACAAGUCUUAUCGUGUCGUCUUGUGUCUUAAAUAAAAAAAUAAUAAAUGCACGAUAUCGUAUCCUUGUUCACUUUUUUGUGAGGUUGUCACAUUUCGGAAACGGCAAGAUUCAAAGAAGUUAUUUAUAGAUGAUGGUAAACAAUGCGACAACGUUGCAUUGUGUUAAUUUAAUUUGUGUACAAACAAAUUCUGACUCUGACAGUUAAUUGAGGUUAACAGCCUAGUAUAAACAGUUUAAUUUAAAGACCACGGUUUUAAAAUAUUGUGGCAAUGAAUUAUAAGAGAAAAUCAUGUAUUCCGUACUUUUUAUACUGGGUAAUUUGAAAAAUCAAACCAGGUGCGCGGUCAUCAACCUGCAUUGAUCUGUGGUAAGGAACCAAAGACUUCCGUUGUAUCGCCCUAAAAAGGUAGUUACUAGAAUAUUAAGAAUGAGGAAAAGUGCCUACCUUAAGAAACAUGCAACUUAAGUGAUUAUUUGACGCUUAAAACGUAGAGAGUAAUUUAAAAUAAGACUGAAAUGCAUAAAAGGGAAGAAAAUUUCGACCAGAAGAAAUUGGAUCUGGAAGUAUGGCUGCAAAAAAUGGAAUCAAGACUAGCUGGUAUGGCUCCAGUUGGUCAUACUGCAGACGUCUUGGAGGUGCAGUUAAGAGAACAAAAAGGUUUACAUGCUGAAUUGCAUCAAUUCAAAUCGCAAAUUGAAGGUUUUCAACAGUUAACCCAAAAGUUGAUCACUGCCCAUCAACAUGAAGAUACAAGUCGAUAUAAAAAGGCAGCUGAAUUUAUUAACCAACACUACCUCCGCCUCGACGCUUGCGUCAUUAAUCGCGGCAAACUGCUCCAUUCCGCCCUGAGCUCCCUCCAAAAUCUCGAUCGGUCUCUGGACAAAUUCCUGGGGUGGCUCAGUGAAGCGGAAAGCGUCGUCGAAACGUUAGAAGGCGAUACCGAGUCCAGACGGGCCACGCAACAGCUCAAGGAGCUUCAAGCGGACGUCGAGCGACAGGCCCAAACGCAUCGGUCACUUAGAAAUUCCAGUUUGGCUCUAUUGGGGUCUCUGGCAGCAGAAGAUGCCCUCAUGUUGCAGUUGAGAGGCGAUGAAAUGGAAAGAAGGUGGCAGGCGCUUCGCACAAGAACGUCAGAUCUUCGAAACAGAUUAGAACAUAACGCUGACUACUGGAACGCUUUGUUGCUGUCUUUACGUGAACUUACUGAAUGGGUAAUUAGAAAAGACACAGAACUCGGAUUGGCUGCUAGACAGGACGAUCAUCGUGCUUUCAGACAACAAUUAGAAGAUAAGAGACCCUUGGUCGAGAGCAGCUUAAGAAGCGCUCGACAGUUUGUGGCGGGCGAUCCGUCUGGUGAAUUGGCCAGAAAUUUAAGAAGAGAAUUAGUUAAAUUAUCAGACAAAUGGAACGCUUUAAUCGAUAAGAGUGAUCAGCUGGCUACGAGAUUUGAGCAAAACUCAAUUAAACUGAAACAACUCACCGUGAACUUAGAAGAAGCAUGUUCAGCUGUAUCGCGCUUGGAAAGGGCCACCUUGAGUUGGAGUGGACCUCGCAGUGCGGCCGAAGCCAGAGAAUUGCUGUCCAAUCUUCGUACAUUAGAACAGCAAUUACCCUCACUGCAGAGAACUCUAGAAGAGGCCAGAAUGCAAGCAGCGAAUAUCGGAAAUGCUUUGCCGAACAAUCUAGCUGCUCAGUUGGAAGACUGCGCGGCGAGAUGUAGGGCUCUGCAAGCUGCUAUAAGGGAAAGAAGGGACCAGUUAACCAGCAGUACUCAAGGCGAAAUAUCCCCUGGACCCCCGAGCGUCCAACCGCCAUGGGAGCGUGCCAUAACACCCAACAAAGUACCGUACUACAUUAAUCACAGUACUGAAACCACCCAUUGGGACCACCCCCAAAUGCUGGAAUUAGCCGUUUGUCUUCUCCAACUCAACGAAGUGCGUUUCUCGGCGUACCGUACUGCCUUGAAGUUGCGCGCCAUCCAGAAGAAAAUGUGUCUGGACAUGGUGUCGAUCAGCGGAGCUUCUGAGGCAUUCGACUUGCACGGAUUGAGGGCCCAGAACGAUAAGAUUUUGGACGUGGCCGAUAUGGUGUUGGUGUUGAGGGCAAUUUUCGGGAAUAUUGCCAACUCGGAGAAUACUCCGAUUGAUGUGCCGUUGUGCGUUGAUUUAGCUUUGAAUUGGUUGUUAAAUGUGUUUGAUAGCCAGCGUACUGGACAAAUUAGAGUGCUUAGUUUUAAGGUAGGAUUAACGCUUUUGUCCAAAGGACACCUAGAAGAUAAAUACAGAUAUCUGUUUCGACUGAUAGCUGAUCCACAACAAAAGGCAGAUCAACGAAAGUUGGGUCUGCUGUUGCACGACAUUUUGCAGAUCCCAAGACAACUGGGCGAAGUGGCUGCGUUCGGUGGCUCCAACAUCGAACCCAGCGUCAGAAGUUGUUUGGGAGAACGCGAAGAUCUCGAAGCUGCCCACUUUUUGGCUUGGUUGAAACAGGAACCGCAGUCUCUAGUGUGGUUACCGGUUCUUCACCGUCUAGCCGCCGCCGAAAAUGCCAAACACCAAGCCAAAUGUAACUCCUGCAAGCAGUACCCGAUCAGCGGCCUCCGGUACCGCUGUCUCAAAUGCUUCAAUUUCGACAUGUGUCAAAGUUGCUUUUUCUCCGGUCGUCUCACGAAAGGUCACAAAUUAAACCACCCGAUGCACGAAUAUUGCGCCGCCACGACGUCCGUAGAAGACGUCAGGGACUUCACGAAAGCGUUAAGGAACAAAUUUAAGAGCAAGAGGUACUUCAACAAGCACCCGAGAAUGGGUUAUUUGCCUGUUAGAUCCGUCUUGGAGGGAGAUGAGCUCGAGAGUCCUGUGGCUUCGCCGCAGCAUAACGAUAUGCAUUCCAGGUUGGAAAUAUAUGCUAGUCGUCUAGCCGAAGUGGAACUACGAGCCGCAUCACCUGAAGACGAGCAUCGUUUGAUAGCUGACUACUGUCACUCUCUGGAAGGUGCUCCUGCUAGUCCCGGCCAACUUAUGCUCGUUAUCGACGAAGAACAACGAGCCGAAUUGCAGGACAUGAUCAGGGAGCUGGAAGUUGAGAACCAGGCUCUUCUCCAAGAGUAUGAUCAGCUUCAAAGAGGAAACAAUCCUAUACCCCAACCACAACCUCAACAUGACGUCCUGGCGGAAGCCAGAUUAUUACGACAACACAAAGGCCGGCUGGAAGCCCGAAUGCAAAUCCUCGAAGACCACAACAGACAACUUGAGGCACAAUUGCAACGCUUAAGGCAACUAUUGGACGAACCUCCGACGGCGACGUUGCAAACUCGAAGCGUUACGGCGUCGCAACUGAAUCAAGAUACGCCCGGUAGAAUUAGUCAACCCCCACCACCAGCUGAUCACCGUUAAUGUCAAUGAAAUUUUAGGAUUUAAUGAGAUUUUUGACUGAUUUUUCGACACGAGUUGUUAAUUAAGGGUGUUCUGGUUUAAUUCGAAAUGUACAAUGCAUGUAAAUUAGUUUCCAGAUGAAUAGUAAGAAGUAAGUUUGUAUGGGAGUUUGAAUUAACCAAAACGAGUGUCAAAUAACGGAUUAUUUGUCUUUAUAGUGGCAAGAUGUAAUAGAGGCAAAUACGUUUUUUGCAAGAGAUCUUUUAUAUAAUUUUGAUUAGGAUGCAGAAUGCAGCGACAGCUGCAGAACAUCGCCCUAUGUUGACGAAAUCUUUUAGCAGUUCAUAACCAAACAUAUAAAUUAGGUCUUCUGUUGGUCCUUUUUUGGUGUGAUUUCCGUCUAAUAGGGCCUUUAUUAAUAUUGCGUUAUAAUGGAUGUCGUCUUAAUCUUACAAUGACAAAAGAUUAAAACUCGGAAUCAGAACUAUGCACCGCGCGAACAGUAAAUUCGUCUUGCAUGAAGUUGAGACGCUAAUUAAGCGCUAAUUUUAAGAAAUACUGACCAUAUUUCAAAACGGGACUUCAAACCAUUAUGACAAUCACCCUAAGAAAUGUGCUUCUUAAUCCUUCCAAAUGACAAACAAACCGCUUAUAUAUAAAAUAAGAAACAUUUUCAAGUACAUAUUAGGUUAGCUAUUUGAUACCAUUUGCAAUACGUUUGAUUAACAGAUAGCCUGCCAUUUUAUGCACCAACAUUCCAAAUUGACUACUGAACUGGUGAAAAUUGUGUCAGUUGAGACGCGUAAAUAAUUGUAUACAUUUUAAGACAUCUCUUAAUUUGUUUAGUAAGAUCAAAACGUUUUCAUAUUCUUCGUUAGCAUAUUUUAAUAUAACGUAUUGCAAAUGGCGCUCUUUAAUUAUAGUAUCUCGCCAAAUUUAUAAUUUUGCACAAAUAAUACUCUUUAAUUUUACAAAAUUACAAGGCUGAUGACCCAAAGUAUUUUUUAUUGAUUUUUUGUAUCAAAAAGACUUGAAUGCUAAUUUAUUAAAAUUUAUGUACAAAAAAUAAAAAAAUUGCAAGUGAUAAUUAUUGUAAUGCUCGAUAAAAGGAAAUUUGUUUUUGUAUAAUUUUUAUAAAUACAAAUUUGGAUACUUAACCUCGAUUGUUUCUAUGAAGGGUUUAAUAUUAAAUUGUUGUUUUGUAGCUUUGUCUUUAUACAAUUUAUUAACAUAGCAUUCAAAAACAAAUUUUCCCAAAAACUGAUUAGAACCCAUGACAGAAUUGAGGUAUAAAUGCAAAGUGUAACCAAUAAUUGUAUAUUAGGUAGACUGUUGAUUCGAUAUUAAAAUGCUUGUGUGUUAUGUAAUUGUAAUGCAAGGAAUCCAUAUCAUUAUACACAUCAUGUUUGUUACAAUUUAGUUGAUAGUGAAGCCUAGAUAUUUAUUUUGUUAAAUUGUUAUAAGUUAGGCGAUUAUUAGCAAGCCUAUUGAAUAAAAAUCUUUUAUCGGUU